AUGUUACCUUGGAAUAGUGUAAAAGCAGGAUUAGGAUCAAGGUUGGGGAUAUUGCAAAAGAGAUUCAUAUCUCUCCAUACAGUGACAACACCAAACGAAAAUGCACUGAAAUUCAUCUCACCAGACACACAGUUUGUUCCUUCAAAGUUUACAAGUACAGUAGAGAUCGAUUCGUUGGCCGAUGCAGUGGAAAAAUCACCGCUAGCAGAGAAAUUAUACAAAAUCAACGGGGUCCACUCAAUAAUGUUAGGUCCAAACUUUGUGACGGUGAAUAAAGUUGAAAAUGCACUUUCCAACAAUGAAGAACUCAAUUGGGAGCAUUUGACUCCAAAAAUAAGCCGGGUUAUUACGAAUGCAGUUGAUUCCAAUGUCCCUACUCUAAAGAAAGCAUAUGUGGCAGAACUGGAGAGAGAGAUGGAAGAGGCUGAAUAUGAAGAGGAAGAUGACGUUGUCUAUGACAUCAAAGAGUUGAUCAACACCCGAAUAAAGCCAGCUUUGCAGGAUGAUGGUGGUGACAUCCAGUUCAGAUCGUUUGACGAUACCACAGGUACAGUUUAUAUCAAGCUUAGAGGUGCUUGUAAGUCGUGCUCGCUUAGUGAGGAGACCUUGAAGAGCGGCAUACAGAAUAUGCUUAUCCAUUAUAUACCUGAAGUUUCCUCUGUUCAGGCUGUGCUUGAUCCAGAGGAGGAAAUAGCAAUACAGGAGUUCGAGAAGCUGGAGAAGAGGUUGAAGGGGGCGCACUGA